AUGAUGAGAAAGCAAAAGACGAUGCUUACUCCUAUCGCAGUCGAUAGUUCAAUAGAAAUAAAUUUUCAUGAUCAAUCAACCCAAACCCCUCCUCCCCAAAAUAGUGACAACUGCUAUUUUCCAAGUUUAACUCCAAAGGCAAAAAAUUAUAUAUUAAUUUAUUUUAUAUUAAAAUUUACCUCAAAAUAAAAAAAUAUUUAACUAGUUUAAAUAAGGACAGUAUAUAUUAAAUAUCUCAGAAAAUCAAAUAAAGAAAAAACAUUAUAGGAACUUAACUCCUAUCCUGCCUUCUCUCUAUCAUAAAGCGGCAAUUCUUCCUCAAAAACCUCCAUACAGAGCAAGGAAAAAAACGACUUCUUAUAUCAGUCCUGAGUAUUGUGAUACAAUUAUGCUUUUUCGUAAACUCUGCAAACAAAAGAGGGUGAAUUUAGAAUAUAGCCAAUCGUGCGCAAACGAUAAAUUUUAA